UCCCCUUCACACGCUUAAGGGCUGAAACAUGACAGACGGAAGGUUAUAAGUUCAGCGCUCCUUGGCAUGAGCGUAAAAUUUGUACACCGACCAAAACAGGAAUCACCUUUGCUCUCCGUGCUUGGUAUGUGCUUCUUCUAGUUAUGUAGAAGGAUUGUUAAAACUCCCUGCUUCAGCGAGAAGCUGCCAGCACGUCCAGCUUCCCAGACUUGACGUGAUUAUAUUGUCAGUGUUUUGCAACUUGCAUAGCAGAUAGAUACUUAGUUAUUUUAUUGUUUAUUUGCGGUUAAUGUUUGCUUCUAAGGAUUUGCCUUCAUUUAGUGGGGCCUAGCUGUAAACAUACUGAUACUGUGGUUGUAAAUAAUAUUCCAGGGACAAGUUUGUUAAUUUGCAGGCAGAUUUAGUUGCUUGUGGAAGCCAGCAUGCAUGUCCUGUUAUUAUCAUGUUGGCAAAAGUUGCUGGGAAAUUCAGCAGGAGCUAAACUGACAGCAAAGGCCUGUACGUGUCUGAAGCAGCCGGUGAGGGAACGCAGCGAAGGCUCAUGGAGAAGGGUGGCGAUUACUGGCAUCGGACUCGUCACCCCCCUCGGCACCGGGACCGCGAUCCCCUGGGACCGAUUGGUCCGCGGCGAGGGAGGGAUCGUGGCCCUGGACUCGGAGGAGUACAGCAGCAUUCCCUGCAGAGUGGCAGCUCUCGUCCCCAGGGGGGAUGGUCCGGGCGAGUUUAAAGCAGAGGCGUUUGCUUCCCGAGGAGAGAUCGCCGCCGUGGCCCCAGCCACUGUCAUGGCACUCGCCGCAACGGAACUGGCACUUAAAGACUCCGGUUGGUACCCGACAAGCCUUGCGGAGCAGCUUUCCACAGGGGUGGCCAUGGGAAUGGGCAUGGUGCCCCUGGAUGAGAUCGCACGAACAGCCGCGCUGUUUCAGGGCAAGGGCUACGGCAAGGUCAGUCCUUUCUUUGUACCGAGGAUCCUGGUAAACAUGGCAGCCGGGCACAUCAGCAUCCGCCACGGCUUGAAAGGCCCCAACCACGCGGUGUCCACGGCCUGCACGACAGGGGCUCACGCCAUUGGUGAUGCUGCUAGGUUCAUCGCUCACGGGGAUGCGGAGGCCAUGGUAGCCGGUGGGACGGAGGCCUGCGUUGGGCCUCUGGCUAUCGCCGGGUUUGCCAGGGCUCGCGCCCUCAGCACCAGCUGGAAUGCCAGCCCCAGGCUGGCCUCACGACCCUUCCACCCAGAGAGGGAGGGCUUUGUCAUGGGAGAGGGUGCUGCUGUGAUGGUGCUGGAGGAACAUGGGCGAGCGGUGGCCAGGGGUGCCAGGAUAUAUGCCGAGGUGCUGGGUUAUGGACUUUCGGGGGAUGCUUGCCACAUCACUGCACCCAGCGCUGAUGGAGACGGAGCAUUCAGGUGCAUGUCUGCAGCCCUCCAUGACGCUGGUGUGAAACCCGAAAACGUGAGCUAUGUGAAUGCACACGCCACCUCCACACCGUUAGGGGAUGCUGCUGAGAACACCGCCAUCAAGAGGCUCUUCCAGCAGCAUGCCUAUUCACUAGCCGUGUCCUCCACCAAGGGUGCCACGGGGCACCUCCUGGGGGCAGCCGGCGCCCUGGAGGCAGCCUUCACCGCCUUGGCCUGCUUCCAUGCAACCCUGCCUCCUACGCUGAACUUGGACCGCACCGACCCGGAGUUUGACCUCAACUACGUUCCCUGCGUUGCCCAGAGGUGGAGGACUGAGGGCCGGCGCAUCGCCCUCACCAACUCAUUUGGGUUCGGGGGCACCAAUGCUUCUCUGUGCCUCGGCAGCAUAUGAGCAGCAGCAUUGCUUUCUCAUAACCUAUAGUCAUCCCACAGAACCAGGAACCGGAGUCCAUUCAUGCACCAUUGAUUAAGAUUAGCUGAAUAAAGUGUCCAGGAGAGAACAAAAUUGUGAAAUUAAAGCAGCUCCAGCUGACUCUGAGUGCUGGAAGACACUGUAUUCGGGCAGUAGAUGGCAGCACUAUUACAGUUUUUUCCUACUUCAACUGGUCACAUUCAAUACGGUAUUUUUUUAUUGCUCAUGGUGACAAAACCUGACAACUUGUUGGUAACCGUGCGUCUCCACAAGCAGCGUUGUGCAAUACUUUAAAUCGUCAAAUAAAUAACAAUACAAGGUUCUUUAACUACCGCUGGGUCC